AUGUCGACCCCCGAGCCACACUUCAACGACGACGUGGAGCACCGCCUUAUGUUACAUCCCCCGACGGGCAAGUUCAUUCAGGUUCCAGUCGAUCACCGUGCGGGUGCCGCUAGUCCACCCAGUAGUCCCGUGGACGAGUCUAUAUGCAAGUACAAGGGAUCUCGCUGUACGAACCCUCGUAGUCUUAAACGAAACGGAGAGCUACACAACCUGUGCGAGUAUCAUCGCACCAAGGCCAACGCCAAUCAAGGUCGCUUCGACGCCAAGUUGCGGCAGCGCCGUGACCACGACCCGAACUCUUCGGAGGCCGCAGACUUGCCCGAACCGAUCCGGACGUCGGAGGACUCUCCGACUCCACCGUUGAACGAGUGGGAAGCAGAACUGCUGUUGAAGACCAUUCAAGAUGGCGCGUAA